CAGCCAGGUGCAGCCACCUUCCUGUGCAACCGGCGAAGCAGACGCUUAGCCUACAGUUCACUGUGCUUACUUAGGCCCACGGUAGCCACGCCAAUGACACUACUACCCGAACAGCUGUAAUCCGGACAUGUCAGCACCUCACUUUACCAUGGACAAAGCGCCCUAUGUUCUUCUGCAGCGAAUCAACGCUGAUUUACAGCGGGCGUUCGAACAUGGGAUUCAGCGGAUCCCGCUUGCCAAAAGGAGGCCGAUAGUUGUUGUGGAGAAGCUACCCAUCGCCGUUACAGAUGGGCAGGAUCCGAAGAAUGUCAACAGACCACGGCAAGCAAGGAAAAGCUCCAAAAGACCGCUAUCACCAGCUCCAUCAAGGCGGACCGGUUCUGACACACCAAGCAAACGUGUCCAUUUUGACGACGAAGGCUCUCGGAAAUACCCACACAUGAGAUUGUGGACUGGGCCUAAGAGCAGUGGGAGACAGCAAGUGGAAUGCUCCAAGGAAAAUGGCACUAGCCAGUACUAUUCUCGCAAGUCUUUAUGGGAAGACAGAGCUCCUCGACCUUCAAUCCAGUCUGCAGUCUCAUCUGUCCAAUGCGCCAACCUGUCUGUGCUUCUCGGUGUGCGGAGCAGAGGAAUUCCAAUAGUUGAACUCGAGCGGCUCCAAGAUGUGCCCGUGUACGACCAUGAUGAUGUGUCUUCUCCAGCCACUGUGGCCACCAGUGACAAGCUCCCUGACAGUGAGGAACUGAGUAGCGAGGACACUGAAUCCGAGAGUGGUAUUCUCAAGUUCCCAAAGGGAAGCCGCAGAAGGAACACCAGCCAAAGCCCCCGCAAGGUGGCUCCCGUCAAGUACCAAGAGACAGAGUCCUCGGACGACAACUGCCUGACGCGCUGCAAGUACUGUGGUCAGCUCCUGGAGAAGGUAUCAGUGGCAGCAUUACCGAGAAGUUCAGUCACAGAGGAGCAGUUGCUGCGAAGACCGGAGUUCCUAACAGAAACUGGGGAGAAGCCAUCGUGUAAGGUGUUCAAUGCUCAGGUUUAUGAUCAACGUGAGCACCUUGUUGCCCUUGACGGACCCAAGAGGCUCGACAACGUGCAUCUUUUCUUGUCAGCGCAGAUUUCGCCAGUGUGGGCGGAAGAAAGUGAGAGCAUUGAAUGCAGAGGUAUUGGGCCAAUAAGAUCAUGGUGGCUAGCAGGGUAUGGUCGUGGCGAGAAGCCUGUGAUCGGCAUGAGCACAGAUUUGGCUGACUACUACAUCUCCAACGAGCACGAGGCCUAUGCUGAUUUUGUAAAGCCACUGUGUCGCAAGAUGUAUCUAACAAAGUUGGUUGUAGAUGCUGUCAGUGGCGACCGCGACUGUAGCUACGAAAACCUUGUAAAAAUUAUACAGGAUGCUGUGGUACCAGAGCUGGGGGACGACAUAUCCUUCUCUGAAGAGGAGCUGCUGAAACACGGUGAAUUUGUCGCAAAGCACGCUUGCAGUUACGAUGAGGCCCGCGACGAAGACUAUGAACCCACUGCGCUUAGGGCUCCCUGCCUUCAGCGGCUUGUCGACCUGUGCCGCAUCAAGAGACUCAAUGUCAGUAAAGACACCCCGCUAAGGCAAUUCUCUCAGCCCACUGACACCUUGGCCACUUGCACACCGCUGGUACGAGAUGUCUUCCGUGAGGCAUUUGCGUCCCAGAUGUCUGAAGUCAAAGAAAGUAGUGUUGGCGAGACCAGAAGGCAAGGUCAGCUCAUGUGCCCUUCAUGUAGGGGCUGGAUGCAUAAGGGAGUCUCUGUUUGUAAGAAGACAUCAGCUUGGUGUGGCAAUCCUGAAGGUACAGGAAUGACUCGGGUCUACUCUGCCGUCAUGAUUGGGGAGGAAAAGAUUACUCCUGGCAGCUUUGUCACCGCCUCUCGUCAUGACCAUUGCUGUCCCAGGGUUGGUUGCAUCAUGCAUCUUUUUGAAAAUCGGGCUAGAAAGAAGAUGGCACACAUACAGUGGUUCAUGUGCUCCUGUGAAACAAUUCUUGGUCAAAUUGGUGAUCCAUCAGAAAUCUACUUUGUGUGCGAUUGUGAAGACAUCCCUGUGAGCAACAUUAUUUCGUCGUGCCAUGUCAAGCGCAAGUUCUUCUACAGGGACUGGUAUGAAGAAGGCGGCAAGCCUGACACAACCAGAGUGCCAGCCUCUUGCCCCGGGGAUGGCUUCUUCUACUCAAAGAUGCAAGUUUUGGUUAUAUUGUGGUUUAGCACUUUUGGGAGUGCAGCCAAAAUGAGCCCAGUUUAUACAUUCGUCACAUCACUGUACCUCCCAACACUGGGCCGCUUUGAAGAUGUGCCAGAGCUGACAAGGUCAGAAGACAAUCCAUGGGAGUACGAGUGCUACAGCUGCCUUAGAAAACGGAGGGAGAAAAAGACCGAAAGCUGUCGCUACGGUGAAGUGCUGUCAGAAGAGAAGAAUGGGAAGUUUCACUAUAGUUCAGUCAAGUGGCAAAAGAACACCUAUUCUGUGGGUGAUUGCAUCUUUUUGAAGCCAGGAACGUUUGAUCAUCGUCCAAGCGAGAAGCAGGCACCUUCAAAAUCCACGGACAUGUCAAAUGGGAAGGCACAUGAGCCAUUUCAAGUCGCAUGCAUCCUGUCCAUUGUGGCCACUAAGACCAGCAAAAACCAAAACACGGCCACCUUCAGAGUUAGGAAGUUCUACAGACCUGAGGACACACAUCUUGACAAGGACGCGUGUCGGAAAGAAGGUUUGAAUGUGUUAUACUACACAAAAGAAGAAGCAGAUGUAUGCUUGCACGACGUCUGCGGCAAGGCGAAGGUUGUCUUCUCAAACCACAGUCGUCGUGACUGCCCAGGAAUUUGGGCUGUUGGUGAUGUCUUCAUGUUUUCGAAGAUGUACGACAGCAAAAGUAAGAAGUUCUUUGAUGUACCACCCCAAGACCAACUUCUUGGACGGGAGAAAAUUAGUGAAAAGAUGUCAAGGCCCAGGCUCAGGACCCUCGAAGCCUUCGCUGGCUGUGGUGGUUUUUCCUGUGGUCUGGAAGCUGUAGGUGCCACCGAAUCUUCCUGGGCUGUGGAGAACAGCGAAGUGGCAUCGAGGGCUUUCCAGCGCAAUUUUCCACAGUCGAUAGUCUUCACCCAGGACUUCAACACUUUUCUCAGCGAUGUACUAAAGGGCAAAAUGACCAAUGCAAGCGGGCAACCACUGCCACAAAGGGGAGAAGUGCAGCUCCUUUGUGGAGGGCCCCCUUGUCAGGGCUUCAGCGAUCUCAACCGUUUCCGGCACACAGAAAAGUCCUUACUCAAGAAUUCACUGGUGUCGUCGUACUUGAGCUGCUGCGACUACUACCGGCCACAGCUGUUCCUCAUGGAAAAUGUGAAGGGUUUCCUCAACGGUCACAAUGGACAGAUGUUGCCACUGACCUUGAAGUGCCUGCUGCGGAUGGGUUACCAGUGCACCUUUGCCUCGCUUCAGGCUGGCAACUAUGGUUUGCCUCAAAGCAGGCUCAGGGUCAUUAUUAUGGCGGCUGCACCAGGCCAAGUAUUGCCCAGGUUUCCCGAACCAAAGUCUUCGUUUAGGUCUCGAGAACGGGCAUCAACCAUUAACAGUCAAGAGUUUCACCCGGGGACAAAAUGGACAAGGCACGCACCACUGCGGGCCAUCACCUUGUAUGAUGCAGUCUCAGACCUGGCUAGCCUGGAGCCGGGAACGCCUGUGACAGGCACUUGCGAGCCUCUCACGCACUACCAGGAAAUGAUGAGAGGCAGCCAGGAGGGCAUCAUUCGAGACCACGAAUUGCUGUCCUUGUCACCAAUCACGCAAGCACGACUGGACCGCAUCCCUUUCUUUCCGGGUGCCAAUUGGAGGGACCUUCCCAAUGAAAGGGUGCGCCUCUCUGACGGCACCUACACCAGCAUCUUGACUUUCAAGACAUACAAGGGCAUCCAGGGUGUGUGCCCGUGUGCAGCAGGAGGCGAGUGCGAGCCGCCACCAGCUGCAUACAAGCGCACAUUAGUUCCUUGGACACUGGUGCAUAGGUCUGGCCAGGGGGCUGCACAAGGCAGUCUGGACAAAGCCUUUGCGCGACUCGACUGGGACGGCUGUGCAGGAACUGUCACCACUCUGCCAAGCCCUGGCAAGUUUGCAACGCUACACCCAUCGCAGAGCAGGCUGCUGACUGUUCGAGAGUACGCUCGUAUUCAGGGCUUCCCAGACAAUUUCGUGUUUGUGGGAUCUGUGAACGACAAGUGCAUGCAGGUUGGAAACGCUGUGCCACCCCCUCUUGCAGCAGCGAUUGGGCAGGAGAUCAUUAGGUCGCUGCCAUUUUUAUGAUUGUAAACUAGAUUUAGUUUGGUCAAAAUGCCAAGCUUUUUGACAUAGUUAGAAGCAG